GGCGUCGACUUCGUCCAUUCGAUUCGAUUGCGAGAGCUUGCGAACGGUGAAGUCGAGCUCGAUGGAGAAGAAAUAGGUGGAAGUGAAAUCCCCCAAUUCCGCCAAGUUCAUCGGAGCACCAAAGGAUGAGGAGCUUACAAAUUCUUCACGUUGGCCGGCGCUUCUGCAGUGGGGCAGCGGCUAGACCUUUCAAUGAUAUCCCGAAAAUGUUCAGCCUACCGUAUUUCGGGAGCAACUGGAUAUAUUGGCCCGUGGUUGGUGGUUACGAUCCCGACAAACCUCAUCACGUGGCUCGAGACAUCCACAGAAAACACGGGGAUAUCGUGGUCGAGCGUCUGGGAGGACGCUACCCUUUGGUGCAUUUAUUCAACGCGGACGAUUUCGAAGUUCUGUAUAAAUCUGAAGGUCGAACCCCUUUCCGGGUCGGGAGCGCCGCUUUCAAAAAGUACCGCUCGAGUAGACCGCAAUGGUAUCAUAAUAUCGGGUACCUGACCAUGCAAGGCGAAGAGUGGUACAACUAUCGAUCGAAAACACAGCCGUACACACUCAAACCACGGACGAUAAUGUCUUACGUGCCAAGCAUGAACGACGUAGCCGAUGAAGCGAUUCAUCUCAUUGAAGAAUAUCAGAAUCAAUACGGCCUGGGGAACUGGAACUGCCUACGUCUGCUCUACAAAUGGUCGCUCGAGAGCGUGCUCUAUGUCGCCUUGGACAAACGAUUGAAUUGCUUGCAAACCGAGCUUGAUACAGGCUCCGAUGCUGACCGGGUUCUGAAGUCAAUGGAUGUCAUAUUUGAAUGUCUACAAAUAUUCGGAUAUCGGAUGCCUCUGUGGAGAUAUUUCCGAACUCCGAGCUGGAAACGAUUCGAGGAUUCUAUGGACGACUUCACCGAGGUCAUUUUCCGGAAUAUCAAGGGGGCUCAGAAACAGCCGGACGAGGACAAAGAGAUGACCAUACUACAACACAUGCUCAGCCGAGACGAUCUCCUGUACGAAGAUAUCGUCGCUCUCAUGAGUGAUUUCCUGCUAGGCGGAGCGGACACGACAUCGAACACUGCUUCGUUCCUGCUUUACAACAUGGCGGUGAACCCGGAAGCUCAAGAAAGGGCUCACGAGGAGGCGAAAAAGCUCAUGGUGGGUCGCUCCAGCGACGCAGUGACCGCGAAGGAUUUGAAUGACAUCCCGUACAUAAAAGCUUGUCUCAAGGAAUCUUUGAGACUAUUCCCUUCGAUCACCGGAGUGUAUCGGAAAUUCGAUAAAGACGUCGUUUUCUCGGGCUAUAACGUUCCUAAGGGUACGGUCGUCUUCGCGGACUUCUACAUCACCGGUCGAAACCCCAAAUACUUCGAGGAGCCGGAGAAAUUCAAACCUGAACGGUGGCUCAAAAAAGGCGAAGGUCAUGCCUACGGAUCCCUACCCUUCAGCUUCGGACCUAGAAUGUGUCUCGGACGACGAGUUGCUGAGCUUGAAUUAUGGGUGCUCAUGAUCAAGCUCAUGCAGAACUUCCGUCUGGAAUAUCGUGGGGGAGAGAUGGAUUUCCGCGGGAAAUUGGUCAACACACCGGAUCAAGAUCUGAAGAUCGCCUUCAAUCGGAGGACCUAAGUCGCACCGGAGUCAGGAGACUAGAAGGCAGUAUUUCGGCGUUCCUCGCCCCGAAAGCGGAGCAUAAGCUAUCCGGCUCAUCGAGGCCUGAACAGAAAGUGGAUGGACAGGCAGAUAAAGAUCUCAGUUUGUAUGAAGUAGCUUUGGAGAGCCGCUCCAAUAAUUGAUGGGGUCCGGGCGGAGCACAUUUCUCGGCUCCCCUGCGACGGGAACCGAUGCGAAACAUUCGAAUCCCCUUGAGCUGAAUGCUCCCGCUCACUCAGUCGAUGGGAGAGGAGAUGUCGCACCUUCACGGGUUGGCCGGACAGAGCUGGUGGGCACCGACAUAAUCAAUGUUCGCUAUGAUG